AUGUAUGCUUCCAAGACACUUAUUGUCUGCUGCGACGGUACCUGGAUGAACGCGAUUGGCAAGUCCACCACCGACCGUCCUUCGUCCAACGUAUACCGCUUGACAAAGGUGUUGGGCAACAGCUCGAGAAGCGGACGUUCACAGGUGGUUCUCUACCAGGCUGGCGUCGGCAGCAGCGGCGAUCUCUCUGACAAGGUCAUGGGCGGCGCUUUUGGCAAGGGCCUCGAGGAAGAUAUUCGCGAGAUUUACUACUUUCUUUGCAUCAACUACGUGGAUGGAGACGACAUUGUGCUCGUCGGCUUCUCGCGCGGUGCUUUCACUGCCCGCUCUGUUGCCGAUCUGGUUGCCUCGUUCGGCUUGUUAACCGAAAAAGGCCGUGAUCGCUUCUCCAGGAUUUUUGACGACUACGAGAACUUGGGGAAUUUAGACCGCGGCCCGGAAACCUUUCUCUGUCCGGACCUAACCUCCUAUGACGACAGACAGGACUGGGUAGCAUGGGAACAUCAUCAAAAACUUGCUAUCACGUGGAAGUUUACCAAUACCCAUAUCUCGACCCGGGUCGAGCACGCUUUUCAAGCCCUUGCCCUUGAUGAACCGCGCUAUUCCUUCAUGCCUUCACUCUGGGAGCGUCUGGAGACGAACACAACCACAAAGCUGAAACAAGUUUGGUUUCCCGGCGCCCAUUCUAAUGUUGGUGGUGGACUGUGCGACCAACAGAUAGCCGACAUCACCCUAGCCUGGAUGUGCGACCAGCUCGCGAGCAUCGGAGUUGAUUGCGAUCUCGAACGCAUGACCAGCCUCUUCAAAGACGGCCUGCUAUAUUCUGCUGUCCAUCCGUUUCCACACGUGCCUUUGCUCUUCCGUCGCCGAUUGAUUCCCUGGGGAUCGCCACCCGUAUAUCAAAAUAGGAUGAACCCGCAUCGCGAUCAUGUCGACUGCCCUGGCAAGUAUGACAAAAGCCACAAGCACCCCGAUGCCGCGACGCCGGCGCCGAUCCUUUGGAAAUCUGCUCGGCCCUGGGCUCUUGGCCAAACCUGCUAUCCGGACCAGCCGUUGGAGUUCGCCGGUGGCCUCACCGUUCGACUGCCCGGCCAGUUUGUCCGCAUCGACCCUGAGACCAACAGCAAGCGGCCUAGAAACCCCCUCAUCAACACGGGCGAGAGAGUCCACGCGUCCGUCCGUGUUCGCCUUGCCUGCUCCGGCCUCUGUAUGAGCGAUCAAUACGAGUGGACAUGUGAGGGCCUGACCGGUCGCAAGGGUAGAGGUGACCAUGCCAAUGUCGACAACUUUGGCAAUGCCCUACCCGACCGAGACUUUGACCGUCAGGAACGUGGGUCGCCAGUCUGGCGUCUUGAACGCCUCGAUAACGCCCAUGGAAGUGUUCUCCCAAGCUAUCAGACUGAUUCUGAGUCUGAAUCUGCGGAAGGACUUUACCGUUUAAGCAAAAUUGCCGCUGCAGGCCAGUGGCAGUGGGUCAAGAACGAACGCAAUUGCUUCUCUGAAACCAAAUCUGGAUUUCCGGUAAGACUUCCUGAAGAGUCACCUACGGGAAAAUGGGAACGACUGCUACUGGGUAUGACGACUGGACAUCAAGACGUUUUCACUUGGGCAGCGGCCCACACCCCCGCCAACCUUUUGUUGAAUUCAAAUUAA